AUGAAGCCAAAACGCCAAAACGCGGCACUGUUCCAAAACAAGGGAAAUGACCUCCAACCAUCUUCCUCUUUCCCCUCUGCCUCUCUACCUCUUUCUCCUCUCUUCUUCUCUCAGAAAACUGAAAAUCGAGCUGUUCCCCUCUCUUCUUCUCUCAGCUCGCAGGAAGAUUUGCAGCCACGGCAGGUGGUGGUGUGGUUCCAGAAUCGCCGAGCACGGUGGAAGACCAAACAACUCGAAAGGGAUUAUGAUCAACUCAAGUCCGCAUAUGAUUCUCUAGUGUCCAAUUAUGACUCCAUUCUCGAAGAUAAUGAGAAACUGAAAGUUGAGGUGCAGGGUAUCUUGGUCGACUGGGCUGGUAUCUUGGUCGAGGAGGAGGUUGAGCAACUGGGCUGGCUGGUGAUUCUACUCCAGAGGAGUUGGCAAUAG